UCUCAACUUGGUACUUUCAGUCCCAGCGAGGCUUUGCUGCAGUCCAGUACAGUAUGGGCUCAAGUCACAUCAAGUCAGCACCAAGAAUAAGACAUUUUACUGAUGUCACAUGGAGCUGGCUGAGACGGAAUAACAUCGGGGCCAUGAGUGUGGUGGGGAUUCGGUACAACAGCACAGACAUAGAAAGGACACAGCCCGCCAUGCAGGCAGCAGACACAUCAUCAGGCCUUCCUGAUGCAGUUGUACCAAACAUCACAUCUGAAGUCCCACUAGGCAUGUCCACUGAUGUCCCACUGACAGAAGUGACCCCUGUCCCUUUUGAAGCUCCUACCACACAUGACAUCAUGCAGGCUGCAGCAGAGACAGGGGUGGAGCCUUCCCUCACAGAGCUGGGGCUGGGGGGAUGGUCUCCCAUUGGUCUCCUCCAGUCAACCAUAGAUAUGUUUCACUCCACAUUACACCUACCAUGGUGGGCCUCCAUUGUCUGCUGUACUCUGAUAGCCAGGAGCCUGAUGUUUCCCUUGAUUGUGAAGGGACAGAAGAAUGCCAUCAACCUAAACAACGUCAUGCCACAGAUACAGAAAAUGAAUGAGAAGAUUAAUCAGGCCAGAGCAGAGGGAAACAAGUUUGAACUUGCCCAUCACACUGCUGAGCUACAGGCAUUUAUGAAGAAACAUGGAGUCAAUCCUCUCAAGAACUUCCUGGUUCCACUUGUACAGAUGCCAGUUUUCGUCUCAUUCUUUGUUGGUCUCCGGCGCAUGGCUACCCUUCCCAUGAUGAGUAUGAUGACAGGUGGACUUUUCUGGUUCACUGACCUCACAGCCUCUGACCCUUACUUCAUUCUUCCCCUCAUGACAUCUGCUACAAUGUUGACCAUCAUUGAGCUUGGCUCUGAGUUGGGAGUGGAGAAUCCCCAGAUGAAAACGAUGAAGAAUGUGAUGAGAGUGGUGGCUGUGAUGAUCCUGCCUCUCACAGCUUCCUUCCCCACAGCUAUCUUCACAUACUGGAUGACGUCCAACACCUUCACCAUUGCUCAGAUCAGCCUGCUGAAGGUCCCAGCUGUUCGACAGUGGCUGAAGAUGCCACACAAGAUCCAGCAUGAUCCGGCCAGCGUGAAGAAAAGUGAAGGUUUCGUCAAAAGCAUGAAACAAGGAUGGAAGAAUGCCAGUCUUGCUAGUGAGGUUGAGAACAGACAAAGACGAGCAGCCCUGAGAUGGAAGGAAGCGGGGACAGGUCCAGUACCACAGACCUUCACAUACGACCCAACCAAGCAGACGCCUGCAGGAGCACAUGGCAUCAAAACCAAAGGCACGGUACGCAAGAAGUAGACGGCUUCUAUGAAGUAUGGAACAACCUCGUGUUUAUUGUAACUUGUGAGAUUUUAUACAGAAAGUUCAAACAGGCAACAAUCAAAAGGAUUAAGCAGUCUUGUACAGUGAUUGUAGAAUACAAGGUCUAAAAUCAGUCAUCCAUUGUGUAAUUAUUAUUACAGUUGAACUUAAACUCAUUGUAAGAAACAGUUUAUUUGCAUAAAGCUUCAGUAAGAAGCAGGACAUCAUGUGAAAAUGUUGCUGUCUCACAUUGAUAAACUUUAGUUGAACACAAAUAAACUCCACACAACUUUUCCUGCAGUCAGUUUUCACUGUUUCUUCAUUCAAGUCUUAGUUGCUGAACUGUUCAAACAUGUCACACAUCA